AUGGAUAGUGAUGAUGAUGAUGAGAUUAUUGGAUGGAAAGAUACAGAUGAUAAUUGGGUCUUCUUAGUAAUAAAUAACAAUCUUGCUCCAGAAGUAAGAGUGAAAAAAGAAAAUUUAAUAAUAAGUUUUAUUAUACCAGGUGAAAUAGAAUGUUAUGAUGCCUUGAAUGUUGAGCUGUUUCAAUUAAAAGCUCACAUAUUAGCUUGGACAGGAGAUAUCCCUGCUGUAACAAAAAUUAUGUGUUUCAUAGGACAUAAUUCUUAUCAAGGGUGUAGAUUUUGUGUUAAAGAAAAAAGCAUUUUGUUUGAAUUGAAAUCUAUAAAGUUUCCAAAAUCCUUUCCACUUGAUAUAAUAAUGCAUCUAUUUUUUGAAAAUGUGGCAAAAAAAGAUUUGCAAGAAGUUGGCAAUAUCUUAUAUAAUAACAAGUACAAUAUACCAAGUAAUGGAAGAAUACCAAGGAAUAUAUAUAAACAUUCAGCUGGUUAUAAAGCUGAAGAAUGGUCUAAAUGGAUAUUAUAUUUUUCAUUGCCAUUAAUGAAAACAGCAAAAUUAUGUACAGAACUACAACUUGAAGGAGAUGAGCCAAACUUGAUUAAAGAAAAUUUGGAAAUUUUUAUUUACAUUAUAUUGAGUAAAUGA